UCGGACGACAUGUCAAAUCAGUUUUUGUUGAUAAUUCGCAGAACAUUGUUGGUUUACUUGAAAAUUUAAUUUAAUUUAAAACUUUAUUAUCUUUAAAUAUUUUAAUUUAACAACUGUGCAUUAAUUAAAGUUCCGCCUUGGUGUGUACUGCGAUGUGAGCGGAGUUUCUACGCAUAAACUGUGACCUGAUGGAGUCGGGAGCGAGUGCGGAGGCGCUGCGGCGCGCGGCGCCCGCGUGGAGCCUCGCCGCCGACAGACAGCUGCUGGACCUGCUGCAGCAUAUACACCAGAAGAUAGUGACCCGAUGCGAGACCACCAACAGCAAGCUGGAGGGCAUGGCGGCCGCGCUGACCUCCGCCGCGCGCGCGCUGCACAAUGUCAACAACAGGUUCAUGGCCCUGAGCGACACUCAGUUCAUCGAGAGCCGCGUGUACGAUGACGACACGGAUGUAGCUGCCGAUGCCGAGAGUAAGCCGCCCCCCGCGCCCCUCGCCCCGCCCCCGCUAGCCGCGAGCCUGCGCUGCGUGGAGCGUCUCCACUCGCCCGUCACCAUCCUCGAUGAUAGCGAUAGCGAUAGCGACGCGGAGGACACGACCAGUAUAAUCCUGCGUCCCAAGAACAGGUACUCGUCGCGGCCGCUGCCCUUCAUCAUAGGCUCUGCGCCCUGGCGGAGCAAGGAACACGCAGGCCUGCUAGCUGACUCUGACUCGGACAGCUGCAGCAGUGUUCCUUCCCCGGGGGAGUUCUCCACACACGAGGAUGAGGACAGGAGCCCCCGAGCCUCCGACUCAUCAUCUCUAGCCGAGCCACCCCCGGCGCCCCCUAUACCCCCCGGCGCCCCCGGCGCCCCCGCGGCCCCCGCCGCCCCGCGCCUCACGCAGGCCGACCUGGCCGCGCAGCUGGCGAGGAAACUCGGAGGGGUGCCUCAGGUGCAACAGUCUACAGUUGAAGAUGCGUCGCCGCCGCCCGCCACCGGGAAACUAUACACCAUUGAGAAACCAACUGCAGGUGUGAUAUUCUCGGACGUGCCCCCUCCCAUAGACAACGCUCAGGACACUGACGAAGACGUCUACAGCGAAGAAGAAGACGACAUAUUCGCGGAAAUCAACAAAAAAGUACCUUACGCCGCACAGAAUAGGGCACAAAAUAGCGCCGACAUAUUCGCUGGGUUGGGAAAAGGGUUUGGCGAAAGUACGCCUUAUGGGGUGAAGGAUAAGGUUGAUGUUGGCGGUAGAGGCGAUGUUUUGCAAUCUCAGAGACCUGCUGUUCAAAAAACUACUCUAUUCGAAGACGAGGAGGACUCAGAUUUGUUUACAGAAAAACCAAAACCUAAAGAGCCGAUUAAAACUACACAAGAAGAGGAAAAAAGUCAAAUCAAGAAACCGAUCGGAGCAAUAUCUCUGUUCGGCAGCAGCCGGGGAGCAGAGAGCAUCGGCGCCGCCAUUUUGAAUCGAAACCGAAGAAAAACAUCGAGUUCCAGCGAAGAAUCUAACCAGGAGGGUGCUACAGAUAACGCAAAUACUAAAAAGCAUAAAGUAGCUGAAAGAGAAGGUGCUAAUGCGAAAAAAGAGGUUCUAGUUCAGGAAAAUACUAAAACAGUGAAAGUUCGAGAUGAAGAGCCAGUGGCACGUUCGAAAGAAAAUGAUAUAUUUGACGAUUUGUUUGCAAAAUCAGAGAAAUCUCAAAAACAAAACGUAAAACCUCAAAUUAAGCAAGAAGUAAAGAAAGAGAUUCCAAAGAAAGUUGAUUUGUUCAGUGAUGACAUAUUUGAUGACAUAGAUGAUAUAUUUUCGUCCAAUAUUGUUGUAAAGAAAACGCCGGGUGAAGUAAAAUCUGAUAAAAAUAAAAGUGAAUCACUAUUCGACGAUGUUGAUGAUCUAUUUUCUGAAGUAAGCGUUGAGAAAGUAAAUGCUUCAAUGUUUAAAAAUGACACAAAGGAUACAAAACGCAUCUUUGACAGUGAUGAUGACCUGUUUUCUGAUAAAAGCGGUAAUAAAGAAAAUUCUCUCACGACAGAGAACAAUACUAAAACCAUUAGCAAAGAGUUAGGAAAAGACGACGACAUAUCUCUUUCUAAACCGAUUCCAAAGACAGAAAACCGAGAAAAAACAGUAAAUAUUACACAAAAUACUAAUAAAAUGCAGAGCAAGAAUCCAUCUCAGAGCAUUUUCGAUAGCGAUGAUGAAUUGUUUUCGCCGAAACCUAAACAACCUACUAAUUACGGUGAAGUCAAAGAGAAAAAAAGUAUUAAACCGAGUAUUUUUGAUGAUGAUGAAGGGGAUGACAUUUUUUCCAGUAUCAAGCCACCAAGCAAUGUUAUUAAACAGGGAAAAGCUAUUGAUAAUGAAGAAAGCAAUGAAAGUAAUAAAAAUAAAGACGCAAUCUUUAAUAAAUCUGUAGUCGUAGAACCUUUGAAGAUCAAUGACGUGAAGAAGCCCGAAAAUAAUGAAGGAGUUAAGAAAACUUCCACCUUAUUUGGUGAUGACGAUGAUGAUGGCCUUUUUGCCGAAGUAAAGGAGAAAAAAGAUAUUAUUCCUGAUUCGUUAAUAAAGAAUAAACAACUUAAUGAAAAGAGUAAAAAUGAUGAUAUUUUAAAUAAAUCAGAGCUGAAACCUUCUUUGAAUGACGAGAAAACAAUUAAAACCUUAGAAUCAUCGCAAAACAACGAAGAAGUAAAAGUAGAAAAUAGUGAAGAAGUAAUGCAAACUUCAUCAAUAUUUGGUGAUGAUGAUGACGAUCUAUUUUCUGAAAGAAGUGAUAAAACAGACUUUAAGGUAUCAACGAAAACGAAAGAAGAAAUUCCUAAAAGUAAUUCUUUACGUCCCAACCAAGACCAAGACACUGUGAGUGAAUUAUCUGAAAAAGGAUCCUUAUCGAGCUCUACAGAAAAUCAUCAAACUAUUGAUGAAUUGAGCAAUAAUUAUAAACAGAUAAAAUCUAUGUCUGAUAAUGACAACGACAAUUCAAACAGUAACAUAUCCUCUAGAAGAGUAGAUGACAAAAUCUCAAACAUUGAAACUGAUGUAACAACUAAAAAUAAAACAAUCGAAUCAAAAAUUACCAAUAAUACUAUUGAUGAACCUCAAAUUACCUACAAACUAGACGACAACGGCACAUUCCCACAAGAAAAAACUAAAUUGCUAGACUCAGUCGAUGUAUUGGAUAAUAAAUUAAGCAAUUUAGACGACAACAAGAACUUUGAAACUGACACGCUAUUUAAAACACCAGAAGGCCCAAAACCUCUUGAAUCCAAACACGAUAUCUUCGAUGACAUAUUCUCGGAUCUGCCGCCUGAAUUCGAAAAGCCCAAGGAAAAGAAAAAGUCUCAAAAUGUGAACGCGUUGUUUGAUGAUGAUUCCGACGAUGAGGCUCUGUUUCUGCGCAAAACAGAAGCCGACAAUUUAACCGAUGAAUUACCUGAAAUAUCCCCAAUAACUAACAAAGAACCUCUAUUUGGUAUCUUCCAAGACGAACCGCCCGAAAUAGAUACAGAUUUUACGCCCAAACACGUCAAAACCACAAAACCCAUUGAAAAACUAUCGAAUGUCGUUAAACAAAAUAUCCCAGUGACAGCAGAUAAUCCUGACGGCAGUAAACAGACUAAACCCGAUGAUAAACCCAAAGCAAUAGGCAAACUUAAACCACUUAACUUCAAUAUUAAUGUCAAUAGUUUAUUACCGGGAGCUUCACCGAAAAAGGUCGUUAUAAAAACGAAAGAUAGUGAAGCUAGCACGCCUAGCUCUCCGGAAUCACCUAAGGAGUUCGUGGAGCCUAAAUCUAAACUAGUUAAAUCCGUUAGUUUCGACAGUGAUCCAGAUUCUUUGGUUUUAGAUAAUAAAAUCUCUAAAGAAAGAGCUAAAAUACAAGUGAAAAGACGACCAUCAACCAGAAGGGCUAGAAGAGAAGCAGUCAAAACUUCUGGUAUAGAUUUUGGUGAUGUCCUUGAUGGUAAAGAUGCAGAGUCCGAUGUAAAUGUUAACCUUAACAAAGAAGUAACAGGUGAUGGUAAGAAAGCAGGAACAUUUAGUAAUGAGGGACAUCACAAACCAGAUAAACCAUUACAAGUACCCUCUGAUCCAGAAUUAGUAGAAACAAAAGAUGAAAAGGUAGAAGUAAGUAAAGAUAAUGCUCAAAAAUCAGAUGUGAGUAAAAAUACCACAGGGUUUAUUGAAGAAACUGCUCAGAACAAAGACACAGUCACAAAAGAUAAAGUAACAGAAACACUAGAUGUGAAUAAUAGUAAAACCAAAAUCUUAAAUAUCAAUGACGAUGACAUUUAUAUAUUUAACUAUCCUGAUGUAAGCGCAGAAGAAAACAACACUACGAAUAAAAACAACGAAGGUGUAAAAACUCUCGGUCAAGUCUACACAGAAUCAUCAACAAACAACGUUGAACAUAAAGUUGAAGAAAGCAAACCGAAACAGCUAAAUAUAGUCGAUGACGAUGAUGACAAUGAUGAUAUUUUCAAAGGUUUCCCAACAAACAAACAAGCAGAGGAAAAGAAAGUACAAAAAGACAAUGAAAUUAAAAGCAAAGAGAAAACACCUCAGAGGGAAACCAAAAAAUCAUUGUUCGAUGACCUAAGCGACGACGAAGACCUAUUCGGUGGAAAUAAAACUAUAAACAAGAGCACUGAAUCCAAAAAUCUAUUUUCGAAUGACAGUGAUGAUGACUUGUUUGCUCAAAAGCCGUUCGCGAAGAGAGAAGUGAGGAAACCGGUGGAAGUGAAGAAAUCUCUGUUUGAUGAUGAUGAUGAUGAAGGGGAUCUGUUCGGUGCUCAGCCCAAGACUAGUGUCAAAACUAAUGACAAAACCCGUGAAACAAAAUCGUCGGCAAAAGAGAGAGAGUCAACCGCCUCUGCCUCGACCGCCGUGUUCGUAGACCCGUUGUCUAUGUUCGGCGAGGAAGAAGACUUUUAAAUGGUGUUGCCAGCGCUAAUAAUUA